GAAUCAUUCACUGAUCCUGCUUCUUGGGAAGAUUGGAACGUCAUCGAGGACCGCGGGUUCCAUGGCUGAGCUGAUGUACGCGGUCACGUCUCUAUUAGAGCUGUGAAAUUGCUCUUUUUGUAUGCCUGUGGAUCUGCAUUGCACGUUCGUGCUUCGACAUCGGUCGGUGACAUUUGCCCUGGGAAGAGACCGCUCGGCCUGAUCGACCAUUGAUGCUGUGAAAUGAACUUGAAGCUCCGAGUAAACUUGAGUUGCUUCUUUCACCAUCGUAAGAAGGAUUACACAUCGGAGUUAUCCCGCAAGCUCAUAAAUCUCGAACAGAAACUGUGGAUUUCAUUGUCGAUUCUUCACCAGUACCUCAACGGGCCUUUAAUUGGCAACGUUGAGUGCGCAGAAGCACCCUUCGGGCCUAUAUGUCAAAGAUCGCACAUUACCGCGCUUAUGCCGUAUGCCCCAGGUUGGACCCGUCCGACCAUUUAAGUAAUCGAUGUGGACAAGGGGAUUCCCGGUUUGGAUACAACGGAUUGAAGAAAAUCGUCCAGUAACUGGAUAGAAAUCGAGUAGGAAUACCGUCUACACUCCUGGAAUGCGAUUCGGAAAUCCUAAUACCGACUUCUCAGGCCACUGAAUGCUGCACUGCCUAGGAUUUAAAUGAAGAGCGCUGGUCAUAUGUUCUUGUAUGUUCUAGCUCCGCAUGGUUCCCUAAUUCCGCACAUAUAUUGUCUUGGACCACUAAGGCUCCGAAAGUAGGAGAUCAUUGGAUGGAUUAUACCACAGCCUCGCACCGAACACUUGGCCCAUUCAUUGGCGCUCCCGGUCUGGUGUUGCAAAGCUGGACAAACAGUCUUCGUGAUGUGCAUAAAAGGCGCAGAGACUAGCAGACAACCCCCCAGCAGCUCAGUCCUCUACAGGCCCUUAGCAGCACAUCAAUCUCGAGAAACUCACACGUACUACUCCUCUGCUAGCGAACAUGCAAUUCUUCACCAAGGUCGUCGCCGCCGUCGCUCUCGCGACGUUUGUCUCUGCGACUCCAGUCGAGGAGCGCCAGCUCUCAGGCCUCCCUUCUGUCGUCUGUCUUAUGGAUCCCCUCGCUGGAAUCGCUUCCAGUCUGCCGGCCGGCACCAGCAUUGUUACGUGCGCUACCGGCGAGACUUGCACCGAACUCGAUAUCCCAGUUAUUGGUAGCCUUCUUCCUAUUGGCACGUGCGUCGAUUCAACCGAUUGAACAAUUGGUUGGUAGCAGUUCAACACCAUUGCGAUAAUGAGCUGACUGAAUGAAGGAGUAUUCUGGUCUCUGUACUGCUUUCGAAGACCUGUAUCCAGUCUGUUCUCUC